AUGCAGUCCGCAGCUGCAGCAGCAGCUGCGGCAGCAGCAGCAGCAGCACGUGCCCGCUGCCGCGCUGCUGCAGCCGCUGCAGCAGCGGUCACCCGUUCAGUAGCCGCCUGUGCCGUUGCUCAAGCGCCACACGCAGCAGCAGCAGCACCUGCAGCAGCUGCUGCUGCUGCAGCAAGCCGGCAGCAAGGAAGACGAAUAUGCCUUCCUGUGGGGCCGCUUUGCGGUGCCGCAGCAGCAGCUGCCCUCCAACGGCGCUGCAGCUCAACUGCAGCAGCCGCCUUGUCUGCGGCAGCAGCAUCAGCUGCAGCAGCAACACGAGCUGCAGCAGCAAAACCACAAGCAGGAACACGAGCUGCAGCAGCAACACCAGGUGCAGCAGCAACAUCAGCAGCGGCAGGCGCCCCAACCCGUGGCCCAGUGAUUCCUGCAUGCCACCUUUCUGCUGCUGCUGCUGCUGCUCGCUUUGCGCUGCAGCGGCAGCUCCACGAUGCUGCCUUUUGGCGGGAGCUAGGAGCAGCAGCAGAGUCUUUGCUGCAGGCCGUUGCUGCUGGCCAGCACACUGAGCUGCCAAUCAGCAGCAGCAGCAGCAGCAGCAGCAGGUCCCGGGUCAGGGCGCUGCCGGUGUGCCGCAGCAGCGAUGUGGCGGAGAUCAUGUUGCUGCUGACGCAGCGGCAGCAGCAGGCGUCCUCAGCAGCAGCAGCAGCAGCGCCCGCAGCAGCAGCAGCAGCAGCAGCAGCGUGGCAGGUGGAUGUGGCAAACAUCGGUUUGUGUCUGUCUCUGCUUGUCAACAGCUUCAAGCAAAUGCGGGUUUAUCCUUUGGGACUAUUUGCUGCAGCAGAAAGAGCAGCACACAUUUAUCUGCAGUCUUUUUCUCUUGGGGAGUUGUCUCUCAUUUGCUGCUCCUUUGCUGCUGCUGCUGCUGCUGCUGCCGCCGGCGGCGGGGACGCUGCUGCUGCUGGCGGCGCUGCUGUGCCGUCCGUCAGCUUCAUGCUCGCAGCAGCAGAUUACUGCGCAGACUCGGCAGCAGCAGCAGCAGCAGCAGCAGACACUGACGCUGCUGCUGCGAGCAGCAGCCGGUUCUUCGCGCUGCCGCCGAAGCUGCAGGCCGCCGUCAGCUGCAGCAGGCCAGCAGCAGCAGCAGCAGCAGCAGCAAAGUCUGCUGCUGCUUACUAUCACUUUGUGUCUUGGUGCCAUUUGCUGGGGGCAUUUGCCCGCUGCAGCAUUUCCCACCAGGGCCUCUUCGAGGCGGGGGCCCCCCACUUGUGCGCAGUGCUGCAGCAGCACCAGACGCACCUGCUGCUGCUGCAGCAGCAGCAGCAGCAGCUGUCGCUGCUGCAGCAAGCCCGCAGCAGCAGCAGCAGCAGCAGCAAACAAAUCGUAACUCCGGGGGCCCUUCUUGCAAAAGCCAUCAGCGCUUAUGCCACAUUUGGCUUCUCACACCGCCGGCUCCUGCGCUGCGCCGCUGACAGCGUUGCGCUCGUCUCUUUCACCGAUGAUCAGCUGAAGACUCUAAGAGACUCCAUGGUGCGGCUGCAGCACCAUGACCCGCUGGUGGCAGCUUUAGCGCGCACUCGCCUUGGCAGCAAAAGUCGCUAG